UGGCCGAAGCGUUUCCACAGAAGAUGUCUCAUUUUUCAUCACCCCGCUAUUUUUUAGUCUGCGAUUUUCUUUUUUUCUUUUUUUCGGUGCCCUUGGUACGACCGCCGAUUUAUGUGAAAUGUUGUUGAUAAUCCAGUAUGAUAAUGCGUGUGUGUGUGUGUGUGUGUGUUUGAUUCUCUGUCUCUCCAGCCGAGUCGUGCGGCGGUGUGGUUCAAGGUCUCAACGGCUCUAUCGAGUCCCCGGGCUUCCCUCACGGCUACCCCAACUACGCCAACUGCACCUGGCUAAUAAUCACCGGGGAGAGGAACCGCAUCCAGCUGAGCUUCGUCACCCUGGCUCUGGAGGAGGACUUUGACAUCGUGUCCGUCUAUGAUGGACAACCGUCGCCAGGCAACCUGAAAUUGAAGCUGUCAGGCUUCAUGCUGCCUUCGCCGCUGGUCAGCAGUGGAUCCAUACUGGCCCUGUGGUUCACUACAGACUUUGCUGUCAGCGCACAGGGCUUCAAGGCAGUGUAUGAAGUGCUGCCCAGCCAUACGUGCGGCACCCCGGGGGUCAUCCCUAACGGCGUGAUCCACGGCGCCCGCUACAACAUGGGGGACAAGAUCCGCUACAGCUGUGAGUCGGGCUUUGUGCUGGAGGGCCACAGCAUCCUGACCUGCAUCGUGUCCCACGGGAGCGGCGCGCAGUGGGACUUCCCCUCGCCCUUCUGCAGAGCUGAAGGGGCGUGCGGUGGGACGUUACGAGGAACAGCGGGCUCCAUCGGCAGCCCAAAUUACCCGGAGGAAUACGAGAACAACUUGGACUGCAUGUGGUCCAUCCUGGCCGAGCCAGGGGACACCAUCGCGCUGGUGUUCAGCGACUUCCUGCUAGAGGACAGAUACGACUUCCUGGAAAUCAGCGGCACAGAGGCACCAAGUAUCUGGCUUACUGGUACAACUUUGCCCUCACCAGUGAUAUCCAAUAAGAACUGGCUCCGCCUUCAUUUCAACUCUGAUAGCAACCAUAGGAGGAAAGGAUUCAGUGCCCAGUACCAAGUGAAGAAAGCCAUAGAGCUGAAAUCCAGAGGAGUGAAGAUGAUGCCCAGUAAAGAUUCCAGCCACAAAAAUGCCGUCCUCAGUCAGAGUGGUCUCGCGGGCGACGUCUGUCCAGAUCCUGGACUCCCGGAGUACGGGAAGAGGAUGGGCUCCAACUUCCAGGUCGGCUCCAGUGUGCAGUUCAGCUGUGAUGACAGCUAUGUGCUCCAGGGCUCCAAGAGCAUCACCUGUCAGAGAGUUACUGACACCCUGGCUGCAUGGAGCGACCACCGGCCCAUCUGUAGAACUCGGACCUGUGGGAGUAACCUACGAGGGCCCAAAGGAGUCAUAACAUCGCCCAACUAUCCGGUUCAAUAUGAGAACAACGCACACUGUGUGUGGGUCAUUACCGCCCUAGAUACGGGCAAGGUGAUCAAGCUGGCCUUUGAGGAGUUUGACCUGGAGAGAGGCUACGACACGCUGACCGUCGGGGACGGAGGGAAGAUAGGGGACACACGGAGGGUGCUGUACGUACUGACGGGCUCCAGUGUUCCUGACCUCAUCGUCAGCCUGUCCAAUCAGAUGUGGCUACAUCUUCAGUCGGAUGACACCAUCGGAUCACAGGGAUUCAAGGCUGUCUAUGAAGAGAUCGAGCGGGGCGGCUGCGGGGACCCCGGGGUGCCGGCGUUCGGACGCCGCAGCGGAGAUCGCUUCCUGCACGGCGACGAGCUGAAGUUCUCCUGCCAGGCGGCGUUUGAACUGGUGGGGGAGCGCAGCAUCACGUGCCAGCACAACAAUCAGUGGUCGGGCAACAAGCCAAGCUGCGUCUUUUCGUGCUUCUUCAACUUCACCUCUGCGUCAGGUACCAUCCUGUCCCCCAACUACCCCGAGGAGUACGGCAAUAACCUCAACUGCGUGUGGCUCAUCAUCUCUGAGCCGGGCAGCCGCAUCCACCUCCUGUUCUCCGACUUUGAGCUGGAGCCUCAGUUUGACUGGCUGGUGGUGAAGGACGAAGGUCUUUCAGAGCCAACCACAUUUGGAACAUUCUCUGGCAAAGAUGUUCCGUCCCAGAUCGCCUCUAAUGGACACAUCAUGAGGUUGGAGUUCCAGUCCGACCACUCUAAUACUGGGAAAGGCUUCAACAUCAGCUACACCACCUUCGGCCAGAAUGAGUGCCACGACCCAGGGGUGCCUGUGAACGGCCAGCGGUUCGGGGACCAGUUCCUGCUUGGCAGCUCCGUGGCCUUCCACUGCGAUCAGGGCUUCAUCAGGACCCAGGGGUCGGACCAGGUCACCUGCAUCGUUCAGGAAGGAAAUGUUGUGUGGUCUGCGGCGGUACCACGAUGUGAAGCUCCGUGCGGAGGGCACCUCACCGCUCCCAACGGCAUGCUCCUGUCUCCGGGCUGGCCGUCCUUCUACAGAGAUUCUCUGAACUGCCAGUGGGUGAUCGAGGCCCAACCAGAUCACGCGGUGAAGAUACACUUCGACAGGUUCCAGACGGAGGUCAACUACGACACGCUGGAGAUCCGAGACGGACCCUCAACGUCCUCCCCGGUGAUCGGAGAGUACCACGGCUCCCAAGCGCCUCACUUCCUCAUCUCCACCUCCAACUUCCUCUUCCUGUUGUUCACCACCGACAACAGCCGCUCGGCCGCCGGCUUCAGCAUCAGAUACGAGAGUGUGAUGAUGGAGUCGGACUCGUGCCUCGACCCUGGCAUCCCUGUAAACGGUCGUCGGCGGGGCAACAGCUUCGCUAUCGGGUCUCAAGUGUCGUUCACCUGUGACCUCGGCUACACGCUCAGCGACCAGGAGCCAAUCAUCUGCGAGAAAAUCCAUCAGUGGAGUCAUGCUCUUCCUAGUUGUGAUGCUCUUUGUGGCGGCUACUUCUAUGGUAAAACGGGAACCAUUCUCUCUCCCGGCUUCCCUGACUUCUACCCCAACUCUCUUAACUGCACCUGGACCAUUGAGGUUUCACAUGGAAAAGGAGUACACCUCGUGUUCCACACUUUCCAUUUGGAAGAGAACCAUGACUACCUGUCAAUCACCGAGGAUGGAAACUUUCUUGUCCCCGUUGCGAGACUCACGGGCUCAGUGCUGCCUCCUAGUGUCAAAGCGGGUCUUUACGGGAACUUCAGCGCUCAACUACGAUUCAUAUCGGAUUUUUCAAUGAGUUACGAGGGAUUCAACAUAACUUUCUCAGAAUAUGACCUGGAACCGUGCGAGGAUCCGGGGGUUCCGGCGUACAGCAGGAGGACGGGCUUCCGAUUUCAAGUCGGCGACUCGCUCGUCUUUUCCUGUUUCCAUGGCUACCGACUCGAGGGGGACAGUAAGAUCACGUGUCUGGGAGGAGGCAGACGUGUCUGGAGCAACACGCUACCACGCUGCAUAGCUGAGUGUGGGGGCUCGGCGACAGGCCCAGAAGGCGUCUUGCUCUCACCGAAUUUCCCCUCUAACUACGAUAACAACCAUGAGUGCAUCUACCGCAUCACCACGGAGACGGGCCAAGGAAUCAGACUGACAGCUGAGAAUUUUGGAUUGCAAGAUGGAGACUAUCUGAAGGUGUAUGACGGGGAAAACAGCUCCUCUCGUCUUCUUGGCAACUUCACCCGUGACGACAUGUUGAGUGUUGUCCUCAACAGCACGUCCAACGACCUCUCGUUGGAGUUCAACAGCAACGCCUCUGGAACCAAUCAGGGCUUUCGUCUCACGUACAAUAGUUUCAACCUGGUCCAGUGUGGGGAGCCAGGUGUGCCCAGCUACGGCUACAAAGUCCAGGACGACGGACACUUUGCCGGCACGUUUGUCCUGUAUGCCUGUAACCCUGGUUACAGUCUCCAUGGUAGCAGCACACUCACCUGCCUCAGCGGAGACAGACGUGUGUGGGACCAAGCACUUCCUUCCUGUAUAGCCGAGUGUGGAGGACCCAUCUCCGGAGCCAUAUCUGGCCGUAUUCUGUCUCCUGGUUACCCUGCUCCCUAUGACAACAACCUCCACUGCACCUGGACAAUCGAGGCGGACACCGGCAAGACCAUCAGUCUCCACUUCAUAGUGUUUGACACCGAGGUGGGCCAUGACAUCCUGAAGGUGUGGGACGGUCCACCGGCCCUUCAGAGGGGGGGUAUCCUGCUGAGGGAGUGGUCCGGCCCGGCUUUACCCGAGGACACCCAUUCAACGUUCAACAUCCUCACCCUUCAGUUUGAUUCCGAUUACUUCAUCAGCAAGCAAGGGUUCUCAAUACAGUUCUCAACCACCACAGCGACGACCUGCAACGACCCGGGCAUCCCGGUGAACGGCUCCCGGUACGGGGACAGUAAGGAGCCGGGCGACAGCGCGACCUUCCAGUGUGACCCUGGCUACCAGCUCCAAGGGGAGGGCACCAUCACAUGUGUGCGCCUGGACAGCCGCUUCUACUGGCAGCCCGACCCGCCCACAUGCAUAGCGAUGUGUGGUGGUAAUGCCAGUGGACCAUCGGGGGUGAUUCUGUCUCCUAACUACCCCCAGCCCUACCCUGCGGGGAAGGAGUGUGACUGGCGAGUCCGAGUCAACCCCGACUUUGUCAUCGCCCUCAUCUUCAAAAGUUUCAACAUGGAGCCAAGUUAUGACUUCCUGCAUAUCUACGAAGGGGAAGACUCUAAUGGUCCAUUACUAGCGAGUCUCCAAGGCAACCAGGCCCCUGACCGAAUAGAGAGCAGCAGUAACAUUCUUUUUCUGGCGUUCAGGUCUGAUGCCUCACUGGGCAUGUCCGGCUUCGCCAUCGAAUACAGAGAGAAACCGAGAGAGGCGUGUUUUGACCCCGGUAACAUCAUGAACGGCAGCCGAACAGGCUAUGACUAUAAGCUUGGCUCCCAGGUCACCUAUAACUGUCACCAUGGUUACACCACCAUGGGCGGGGCCACCAUCACCUGUGUCCUGGGGCAUGAUGGGAAACCAGUGUGGGAUAAAGCCCUUCCGACGUGCAAAGCGCCAUGCGGGGGGCAAUACAGCGGCCUCGAAGGGGUGGUCUUAUCACCCAACUAUCCCCUCAACUACACCACAGGACAGACCUGCUCCUACUACAUCACAGUGUCUACACAGUUCGUUGUCUUUGGCCAGUUCGCUGUGUUCCAGACUGCGAUGAACGACUCUGUGGAGCUAUUCGACGGAGCCAAUCAGAACGCUCGAUUGCUCAGCUCACUCGCCGGAUCUCACUCGGGGGAAACGUUGCCAUUGGCGAUCUCCAAUCAGAUCAUGCUGCGCUUCAACGCUAAGAGCGGCCAAUCGGCUAAAGGCUUUCAUUUUGUCUACCAAGCCGUGCCGCGCACCAGCGACAGCCAGUGCAGCUCGGUGCCGGAGCCGCGCUACGGCCGGCGGAUCGGCUCCGAGUUCUCAGCCGGCUCCGUGGUCCGCUUCGAGUGCAGCCCGGGAUACCUGCUGAAGGGGUCCGGGGCCAUGCACUGCCAGGCGGUCCCCGGGGCCCUGGCGCAGUGGAACGCCUCAACACCCGCCUGUGUCGUUCCCUGCAGUGGUAAUCUGACAGAACGCCGUGGUACCGUCCUGUCCCCUGGAUACCCCGAGCCCUACCCAAACAGCCUCAACUGUCUCUGGAGGAUCCACGUGAGCGAAGGCGCUGGGAUCCAGAUCCAGGUGAUGACUUUCGCCACAGAACACAACUGGGAUUCCCUGGAGAUCUACGAUGGAGGAGACAUGACCGCUCCCAAACUAGGUUCAUUCUCUGGAACCACAGCGCCUUCUCUGCUAAACUCGACGUCCAAUCAACUGCUGCUACACUUCCAAAGUGACAUCAGCGUUGUGGCAGCAGGAUUCCACCUGGAGUACAAGACGGUCGGUCUGACCACGUGCCCGGAGCCCAUGAUUCCCGCAAACGGCGUCAAGAACGGCGACCGGUACAUGAUCAACGAGGUGGUGGCCUUCGGCUGCGAACCAGGCUACACCCUACAGGGUCACUCUCACAUCUCCUGCAUGCCCGGAACAGUGCGUCGAUGGAACUACCCGCCUCCACUGUGUAUAGCCCGGUGUGGUGGCCUGCUGUCUGAGAUGAGUGGCGCUAUCUUAAGUCCCGGCUUUCCUGGAAAUUACCCUGGCAACCUGGACUGCACCUGGAAGAUCACCCUGCCUGCAGGAUAUGGUUCUCAUAUCCAGUUCCAAAACUUUUCCUCCGAGGACAACCAUGACUUUCUGGAGGUCAGGGCGGGACCCCAGCACAGCUCUGCCCUGAUUGGACAGUUCACUGGGACCCAGAUCCCUCCACCUCUCCUAAGCACCACCCACCUGACUAUCAUUCAUUUCUACAGUGACCAUUCAGAGAACAGGCCAGGGUUCAAAUUGACCUAUCAGGCGUUUCAGCUUCAGAACUGUCAAGAUCCCUCCCCCUUCUCCAAUGGCGACAUCGUCAACAAUGACUACAGCGCUGGGCAAUCAAUCACCUUUCAGUGCUACCCUGGCUAUGUUCUGAUUGGACAUCCAGUUUUGACAUGCCUGCAUGGAACCAAUAGGAAGUGGAACCAUCCCAUCCCACGUUGUGAGGCCCCCUGUGGAUACAACGUCUCGGCCGACAACGGGACCAUCUAUUCCCCUCAGUACCCUAAUGAGUACCCCAACUCCCAGGACUGCAGCUGGGUCAUCACAGUGCCCCACGGACACGGGGUGUACAUCAACUUCACCCUGCUCCAGACUGAGCCAGUCACCGACUACAUCGCCGUCUGGGAUGGCGUGGAUGUGUCCAGCUCCCAGCUUGGUGUCUUCAGUGGGAACACAGCCCUGGAAUCGGCCUAUAGUGCCAGCCCUCAAGUCCUCAUCCGCUUCCACUCUGACUUUUCGACCGGAGGAUUCUUCAUACUGAACUUCCACGCCUACCGUCUGAAGAAAUGUCCCGUUCCCCCGGGAGUCGAAAACGCAGAGAUGAUCUACGAAGACGACAACUUCCAGAUAGGAGAUGUCGUAAAGUAUCACUGUUUGCCCGGCUACACACUGGUUGGGAAGGCAGAGAUCACCUGUAAGCUCAACUCUCACUUGCUCUUUGAAAGCCCACCGCCGACAUGCCAAGCCCUGUGUCCAGCCAAUGAAGACCGCUCGGCGUCAUCAGGAGUCAUACUGAGCCCCGGGUAUCCUAGCAACUACCCCAAUAGCCAGACGUGUUCCUGGCUACUGCGUAUGCUCCCAGGUUACACAAUCAACAUCUAUGUGGAAAUUUUCCACAGUGAGAAGCAAUUUGAUGAACUCGAGAUUUUUGACGGUUCUUCAGGACAAAGUCCUCUUUUGGUAGCGUUGAGUGGCAACCAUUCAUCUCAACUCAACUUCACAUCAAAGACCAACCAGCUGUACUUAAGAUGGUCCACUGACCAUGCAACCAACAAAAGGGGUUUCAAGAUCAGAUACACAGCGGCUUACUGCAGCGUCAACGAUCCGCCCGUCAACGGAGGCGUGGUCAAUCAGACCCGGUUGCGACCAGGCAGCCGGCUCCAGUUCUACUGCCACCGCGGCUACAGGCUCGUCGGCCCCACCAACUCCACCUGCCGGCUCCAGGCCAACGGGCUCUACCAGUGGGAUGUGCUGGCCCCGCUGUGCCAAGCUAUUUCUUGCGCAACACCCCAGUCGCCAGGCAACGGAAGCAUCUAUGGUUACCAGUACACUGUUGGUAGCCAGGUGACCUUCCAGUGUAACCAUGGCUUUCACCUGGACCCAGGUGUUGCCAUGACCACCGUUUGCCAGGAGGAUGGCAGCUGGAGCAACGCAGUGACACCUCCCAGAUGUUUGCCGGUUCAUUGCCCCAGCAUUGAAAAUGUGCUUACAGAACACAUGACCUACCGGCUGCUCUCUGGUUGGCUGGCUGAGUUUGGCUCCAUGGUGAUGUUGGAAUGCUCGCCAGGGUUCUAUUUGGGGGUUGGACAUAGAACACUGCGCUGCCUUGCCAACGGGACAUGGGAAGGUUCACAGGACGCAGCGUCCUGCAAAAUCAUCUCCUGCGGGGAGUUGCCCUCUCCCCCCUUCGGAACCAAGCUGGGCACCUUGACCACCUUCGGCGCAACGGCCAUCUUCAUGUGUAACCAUGGUUACACACUGGUGGGGUCGCACGUCAGGGAGUGCGGCGCCAACGGUCUGUGGAGCGGGACGGAGACACGGUGUCUGGCUGGUCACUGUGACUCGCCGGACCCCAUCGUGAACGGUCACAUCAGUGGCGAUGGCUCCAGCUACCGUGACACCGUGGUGUACCAGUGCAUGCUGGGAUACCGGCUGAUUGGCACAUCGGUCCGGAUUUGCCAACAAGACCACCGCUGGUCGGGGACAACACCUGUCUGUGUCCCCAUCACCUGCGGUCACCCGGGCAAUCCAGCCAACGGCCGCACCAAUGGCAGCGAGUUCAACCUUAACGAUGUUGUUAAUUUCACCUGUAACCAAGGUUACUCUCUGCAUGGAAAUACACGCGCUCAGUGCCGGCUCAACGGGCAGUGGAGCAGCCCCCUGCCCGUCUGCAGAGUGGUCAACUGUUCCGAUCCUGGACAAGUGGAAAAUGGUGUUCGUCAAUCUGGCCUACGUUACCCAGAAGUCUUCAGCUAUGGCGUGACUGUUGCCAUCCACUGUAAACGAGGAUUCUACCUUCUCGGUUCCGCCCUCCUCACUUGUCAGCAUGAUGGUCGGUGGGAUCGACCAAUCCCACGCUGCCUUGCAAUUUCCUGUGGGGAUCCCGGUGUGCCUCCGAACGCAGUAGUGUUGGGCGGCCGCGGCUGGACUCAUGGCUCUGUGCUGCAGUACUCCUGUCUGCCUGGAGGGGUGCUAGUGGGUAACGCCACACGACACUGUAAAGAGGACGGGACCUGGAGCGGGGCGCCGCCAUACUGCACUGGCACCAGCCCGGGUGUCUGCGGUGACCCGGGCGUGCCCAUCCACGGCGUUCGCCUGGGAGGGGAGGAGCUCCGAACCAAGAGCCUGCUGCGGUUCAGCUGCGAGGCGGGCUACACCCUCAUGGGCUCCGCCGAGCGCACCUGCCUGCACAACGGCACCUGGAGCGGCACGCAGCCUCUGUGUCAAGCGGUGUCGUGCGGAAACCCCGGCACGCCGGCCCACGGCAGGAUAGUACUGAGCGAUGGAAUCACCUUCGGCAGCUCCGUGGCGUACGCUUGCUGGGAAGGCUUCAAAACCUCGGGCCUCACCACCAGACACUGCACCACCAACGGUACCUGGACCGGCCAGCCACCCGACUGCACAGUGAUAAGCUGUGGUGAUCCGGGCUCCAUCGCUAACGGGAUCUAUCUAGGAAGCCAGUUCAGCUUCAACCACACUGUGACCUACCACUGUAACCCUGGGAAUCUCAUGGAACCCUCCGGAGUGGGGCGCAACGCUCUGCGCUGUGCCAGAGACGGUACCUGGAACCAAACCAAGCCUGCCUGUAAAGUGAUCAAGUGCGGAGCCCCUCCCCAGGUGCAUCAUGGGAAGGUGGAGGGGAAAGACCAGUCUUGGGGCUCAAGUGUCAGCUAUAGCUGUUUCCAUGGUUACCAGUUGUCCAGUCCUGCCGUGGUAACAUGUGAGGGCAACGGGACGUGGAGGGGAGACAUCCCACAAUGUCAACCCGUUCUUUGUGGCGACCCGGGCUCACCUGGAGGUGGUUUCAGAGAGGGCAAGAUCUUCACCUUCAGGUCUGAGGUGCGGUUCUACUGCCACCCCCCGUACCUGCUGGUGGGCUCUCCUUCCAGGGUUUGCCAGGCGGAAGGCAGCUGGAGCGGCCAACAUCCCGCCUGCAUAGAUCCAGCGCUCAACAUCUGCCGUGACCCAGGAAUCCCAGCGUACGGUAUCCCUGUGAUGGCCCAGGGUUUCCAGGUUGGCAACAAGAUUUCCUUCAAGUGCCGAAAGAACUACCACAUCCUGGGCUCCACCACCAGGGCCUGCCUGGAGAACCUCACGUGGAGUGGCACUCAGCCCGAGUGCAUAGCCCACUCAUGCAGGCAGCCGGAGACCCCCGGUAAUGUGGAUGUCAGGGCGCUGGAUCUGCCAACGCUGGGCUACACGCUAAUUUACUCUUGCCAAGAUGGCUUCUAUCUGGCCGGUGGAUCAGAGCACAGAACCUGCAGGAGUGACAGUAGAUGGUCUGGAAAGCCCCCACUCUGUAAAGUUGGAGUGAAGGUGCAGCCCAAACCCAUGGAGGGAGACUCUGCAAUCCAGAAGAACAAGAUUCGCGUUCCAGUGGAUGUGUUUUCUCCUAACUCUGACUGGAGCGGCUUCUACGAGUACCUUGGGAAGAGGCAGGCUUCUACGAUUACUGUAACUGGCUUUAACGCUUCCAGUGGCAGAGUUAACGUGACUUUAUUGGAGACCAGUGGAGUGUCCAUAAAACUAUCGGGCACAUAUAAGUCAGAAGAAAACCAGUUAUUGCUGAAAGUCUACCAGAUAAAGGGCCCAACAGAGCAUUAUUACAGCAAGUUUAAAAAUGACAACUGGGCUAUGGAUGGUUAUGUCGCUGCAGAGGCUGACCAGAAGUCGUAUGUUUACCAAGGUCACAUCCAUAGUAAAGACUUUGGCAAAUUCUAUCUUACCAAGCAAGGUCCUGUAAACACGGUGGUGGAUCCAUCCGGCACGUACACCAGUAGCAGUUCUGUGGCGGCGGCCAUUUUGGUUCCCUUUUUUGCACUCAUCCUCUCCGGCUUUGCCUUCUACCUCUACAAACACAGGACGUUGUCUGCUGACACGGAUGACAAUGAGCGACCAAAAGACACGUGGGGUCCUGGCGGCAGGGCCCGGCCCAAGGUGCAGUUCAACGGCUACGUGGGCCACGAGAGCAGCAACGGCCAGGCGUCCUUCGAGAACCCCAUGUACGACACGGCGCUGAAGCCCACCGAGGCCAAGGCGGUGCGCUUCGACACCACCCUCAACACGGUCUGCACGGUGGUAUAGUGCUGCGCCGACACCGGGACCACCUCGGACGCUGGGUGUAGCGCCC